UUUACGUCAGUCACGUUUACGACGUUCGUUUACGUCAGUUUCUUGUGGGUUGUUGAGGAAGGUUCUCGAUUUGUAGGGUUAGUCUAGCAGUUUGGUUUACUGAUUUACAGGCUAAAAUAUUUAAUUUAUCCUCUAGGCAACAAUGGUGUGCAUUCCCUGCAUCGUUAUUCCAGUUCUCCUCUGGAUUUAUAAAAGGUUUUUGGAGCCGAUAAUCUACCCAAUAAUUUCACCAGUCAUCAGCCGUUUCUGGACCAAGAAAGCUGUCCAAGAAAGGGGUACUGGAGACGAGAAGACAAGUGAAAAGAGCAAUGGAACAUGCAAGAAUGAACUGAAUGGGCAAGCAAAAUGUCAGUCAGCAAACGGAGUCAUGACAGCCUCUGAUAAGAAAACGGAUUAGCAUUUUACAAUGGUAUAUUAAGGUAUAUUUGAUAACAUGAAGAUAUUUUAAAAUGUAAAAAUGUAAUUAGAGGUACAUGUUUGUCCAGUCGUAUUAUACACAUCCAUCUGGGUUUGAAGAUUGUAGACAGUAGAGACAUACUUGAUGUACAGAAUUAUGUUUAUCAAAUGGAAUUAAAAUAUUUAAUCGUAACAUUUGCAGUAAAGCAUUAGGUUGUAUGUAAUACAGGGGAAAUGUUAUAACAAAAAUGUACUUAGCUGUAGCCUGUGUCACCAGCUUGCUGAACAUCAGCUUGCUUUUGCAUAUGUUCGACAUUUAAGGCCUGCUGGAAAGACUUAUUUUUUUUUGUUAUGUAAUCUUUCAUGCUAAUUUGAUAUGGCUGUGGUCUUUGUAUGCAGACAUGUAAUCAGCAUCACAGCAUCAGUUUUGUAUCGUUCAAAGAGAAAUUUAUGUUCACAUUCUAAUUUAACAAUGGUGUAAUUUUUUUUAAGUGAUCGAAACAAUAAAAUGACAUCGUCCAUGA